AUGUGGGAGGACAACAACACGGCCAGCAUCGUGAGCCGCCGCAGCACCUUCACCCGCAAGGACCGCGCCCACUACCUGCUGCCGGUGGUGGUGGCGGACAGCGGCGUCCCCCCGCUCACCAGCACCAGCACCCUGACCGUCACCGUGUGCGGCUGCAGCCCCGCGGGCCACUGCCCCCUGGGGGGUGCCGCCGGCGUGGAGGCCCGUGCCCUCUCCAUGGGCACCAGCCUCAAAACCCUGCUGGGCGUGCUGGUGUGCCUGGCCACGCUCUCAGCGCUCUCCGUCCUCACCCUGGGGGUGAGGAGGAGGAGGAGGCGCAGGAGGAAGCAGCAGGAGGUGUCCGGGAUGGCGGAGGACGUUGACGGGGAAGACCUGGAGCUCCCAGACCAGGUGUCCCAGAAGGUGCUGCGCUACGGCGAGCCGAGGGCCCCGGGGCCCCAGCUGGCCUCCACCCCCUACCUCUCCUCCCCCUGCUCCUCCCCCUCCUCCCCACCGUCUGUCCCGCUGAGGCCCCACCCCAGGCGGCGGGACAGGAAGCUGCGGCGGGCGGAGGUGGCGGCCAGCAUACGCAUGUCCCUGCGACACUCGCACCUGAUUGGCCCCGAGGACGAGGUGUUCCGGCAGUUCAUCUUCGACCGGCUGGACGAGGCCGACCGGGACCCGUACGCCCCGCCCUUCGACUGCCUGCGGACGUACGCCUUCGAGGGGGCGGGCUCCGACGCCGGCUCCCUCAGCUCCCUUGACUCCUGCGGGCUGGCCGACUUCGGGCCCGAGCCGCCGGCGGGCCGGCCCAGACCCUUUGUGGUCCCGCUGACGCCCUGGUACGGGUCGGAGGAGGACACCUUCUGAAGGCCCCGCAGGUGGAGAGUCUGUCUUUGUGUGUGUUUGACUUUGAUUACGAUCGCAAUCUUUCAAGGGACUUCACCGGCCCCGUGUCUAGACGGCCGCAAUGCUAACCCCCCCCAAAGACUUCCCCAAAGGCCUUGUUUCAUCUGGAGUUGAGUGAACACUGUGAGAUCGAAUAAAUGAGGACUGAGAGAUCUUUGGAGGGGGGCGGCGUGUCACGACCCAUUGCAACUUUGUGAUACUUUCUAGUACCGUCGUUGGGUAUGAGUGAUGUAGUGAGCGAUGUUGGGUAUCAAAUGCACCAGUCACUGUAGUGUUACACUGGGAAGCUUAACCCCCUAGCGUUCUACUAUCGUGGGCCGGGAAGCCCAACCAUCUCUAGGACGCAUAAACCAUCAAAAUCAACGUCUUGUUUCAGAACAACCCUCCAUGCAUCCGCAUUCACACAAACCAAGGCGUUGUACAAUUAGUGUCUGAGCAGCUUAACCCUCUCUCAGUCAGCCCUUACAGAGCUCAACACACCCACCAACACAUCGCCGCUGUCGUACCUUGGUCGGGACGUCGAUGAGUUUACACCUCAGCGUCACAAAAAGACGUGCGUUACCUAGGUCUGAAUAAGAGUGGGGUUAUCAGGUAGGCAUAAACAUAGGAUUUGACCAGUUUUCUCUAAAAUAAAGUCUUGUUUUUAGGAACUGAGAUAAAAUGGCAUGGAUUACUUUGUUCAUGAUCACCAGAAAAACUAAGUUUUAAGAAAGAAAACGUUGCUGUGCUUACUAGCCCUUUAAGGACAGUGGGUAACAACUCCAAAACUCAAACUAAUAAUAGAACACUGGUCAGGGAUCCCUUGUCCAGUGAACUCUGCCGGUGUGAUAGGUGAGGGGUGGAUGGGCAUGAUCGUAAAAACGACGAGACAUAUUGUCUGUUCAAUGUCUCCGAUCAUCAUGUGAUCGAUCGAUCGAUCUAUACAUUCUUAGAAACUCUCUCUGCUACUCUGUGUAGCUUCCGUCAUCAGCAGAAAAUAGAUCCAAGCACUCUGUUAAUACACUGAACACAAAGGUACACUAACCAGGCUGUAGGACUUGCAGUAUUUCGUGUUAUAAGCAUUUUAUACUAUUAUGCAUACUAUUAUAUAUACUAUUUUUGUUGACGUAUUUUGUGUAACAAAUUUCAGAAUGUCUAUACAUUUGUAUGAAAAUGAAUAAUAUUUCAGCCAA